UCAGCCGGCGUCGCUCGCGAGCAGUCGCGAGCUGGAAGUGGUCGCGCGCGGACAGAGUCGCGGGGUGCGAUGUCGAGCGGCCGCGAGCGCGCGCCCGGUUAACCAGUGUGUGCACUGCGACCAGUCGACGGAGCGCCGAGCGGGGGACGCAGCGGCGACAUGGACCUCGGCCCGGCCGGCCCGCUGCUGCUGCUGCUGCCAGCGCUGCUGCUGCUGCUCGUCGGCGAUACGACGAGCUUGCAAGAUCUAAAAAUGACAGUGCCGGCCAGAGUACGCGUUGGAGACUCGGCUUUACUUAUUUGCAGUUAUGAUUUACAAAAUAAUCAGUUAUACGCAAUCAAAUGGUAUCUGGAUGAUGGCGAAUUUUAUAGCUAUACGCCUAAAAAUAAUCCCCCUCAUAAGAGCUUCAAUCAUCGUAGUAUCAAAGUCAACGUCUCGAGUUCGAACAUGCAGGACGUGACAUUAGUGAACGUGUUAAGGAGUCACUCGGGCAAGUAUAGAUGCGAGGUAACGGAGGAGGCGCCGAAUUACGACACCAGGGUCCAGGAAGCUGAAAUCCUCGUUGUGGAUGUGCCGAAAAAGGAGCCGACAAUCGCAGUCGACAGACAACACUUGCAAGAAGGUGAAAGACUUCGGGCGAAUUGCACGUCGGGCGCCUCUCGCCCCGCCCCCAACAUUACGUGGACCCUCAACGGAGCACCCCUCAAUCGAAGGACGGCGCAAUACAAGGAGGAAAAGCGAAACCUGCCGAACAGGGCCGACAACGAGAGCAUGUCGCUGACGCACUCCAGUCUGAGCUUGAACACGAGCGGCUUGUUCCGCGAGGGUCGCAUACGGCUGAGAUGCUUUGCCGAAAUAACGCCAGUCUAUAACGCAUCGGCCUCCAUCGCCAUCACUGAAGACGUGCCGAACAUUGCCUCGAUCACCGGCGACGCCUCGUCACACAGCCGUCAAUCCAGUGGAUGCAAUCAAAUGGUGUCACUGUGUAUUUGGUCUCAUGGUUUAGCAACUUUAACCAUGAGUCUUACUUUGCACAUAAUAUUGGAUUCCUUAAUAACAAGGUAGUUUAAAUCCAAUAGCAUCGUAAUGAUGAUACCGACGAUAAUGAUUCAAAGACGUCCUCUCUGCCUGGCCCAUUCACAUCGUCCACAUGAAACCUAGUAGACUAGGGCUUCCAGUUAUGUAUGUUACUAUAUACAAUGAAAUAGAUAGCUGAAUAAUUUUGACUCGAAUGAUGUUGAAGACGACAAAGGGUCAGUUGCUUCAAAUAACAUACAUUUUGUCAGAUGAGGAAAAUAGGUAAAUGAGAUAAAUAAAUUAUAACACUGAUAACGCGUAAAAGUUAAUUAAUUCAAUGAUGAGCGUUAAAUUAAAAAUAAAAUCAAUAAAAUAACAUUUAAAAUUAAGAUAAUGAAACACAUUUAUGCAAAUAUUAUAAACAGUUACUUUUGAACAUGUUAUCUUUUGAUGUAAAUUGUUACAAAAAAAACACUUUUCCUUCAUGUAUUUAUAAUGUAAUAUGCUACUUCAAAUGGUCAUUGAUAAACAGUUGUAUAUUCGCGUUUUCGUCCAUCGUUUUUUUACAAAAUCCCAUAUUCUAACAGACAGAAUUUUAUUUGUUAUACUGUUUCCAGAACAUUAGAAAAUCUGAUAAUAUCUCAAUAUUAAUAUCGGAAAGAUACAUAUUUACAUGGUAAUUUCUUAUUUGUUAUGACAUCGAUUAUUAUAAUUAAUUUUAUUAAUUAACAAUCUUAUUUCAUUCAUUUCUAAAAAUAAUUCUCAGACAUGGUUUUAUAA